AUGUUUGGAUUCCACGAAGAUAAACACGAACAAGUCUACGGUGAACAGCACGAGGGUAAGUUCUCUCACGAAUUGUUAGCCGGUGCCGCUUCUUUCGAAGCCGCAAAGCUUUUUGAAGACAGACAAAGAAGAGAAGGUAAGCCUGUCAGCCACAAAUUUGCCAAAGAACUUUUGGCUGGUAUUGCCGGUGCUGAAGUCGACAAGUUGUUCGAAACCAAGGGCUUGGACUACUUGGACAGAAAUAAGGCCAAGAGACAAGCCGAGGACUACGCUCGCGAGAACUACGACAACCAUUACGGUCAGGAUGAGCAGUGGCACCCAGACUCGCGUCCUCCAUUUGACUACGGGUCUGACAAAUAUAGAUACUAA